AUCAAUCGAAAAACAGCAAGAUUCUUCAGCAAAUUGAUGAUGAGCCAAAAAUAUUUCUGUUUCAAUUAUUACAUGGUCAUCAUCAUCAUAGGUGUGAAUUAUUCAAGCAAAUAAUAAUAAUUCUUUGAGAGGAGAAAAAUCUUCUUAAAUCUCAAGUUUAUUGUUGCCGUCAUUAAAAAAGAUAUUGACAUGAUGAAAAUGAUCAAACAUUCAUCGUUAUUUAAAUGGCCACAGAAUAGUGGUGCGACUAAAAUGAUCAAUACUGCUGAUAGUAUUAUUACGGGCAGUCAACUUGGAUCAUCAUCCUCGAUUAAUGGCAAUAAUAAUGCAACAUCAUCCACAACCUUAUCGACAAAUAAUGCAAAAACAAAACAACAAUCAUCAUCAUUAUCAUCAUCAUCGUCGUCGUCAUUAGCGUCAAGUCAACAACAACAACAGCAAUCAUCUACACAACAGCAACAAAAACUAUGGAUUCAUCCUCCAGCUACUUUACAAAAUGGACAUAUAGCAUAUUUAGUCAAGUAUUUUGGCAAUGUAGAAGUUAAUCAACCGAAAGGCAUCGAUGUGGUGAAAGAAAGUAUCAAUAAAUUGAAAUUUAUUCAACCGUUAAAAAAGUCUGAAGGACAAAAGAUUCCUAAAGUAGAAUUAACAAUAUCGGUGAACGGUGUUGCCAUACAGGAACCGAAAAGCAAGAAAAUAUAUUGCCAAUUCCCAUUGCACAGGAUAUCAUAUUGUGCGGAUGAUAAAAAUGAAAAGAAAUUUUUCAGUUUUAUUGCCAAAGAUUCGGAUACGGAUAAACAUUUAUGUUUUGUAUUCAUGUCGGAAAAAAUGAGUGAAGAAAUCAUUCUCACCAUUGGACAGGCAUUCGAUUUAGCUUAUGCCAAAUUUAUUGAAACUUCCGGAAGAGAAUUGGAAAUCCGCAAACAGUUGAUUAUAUUGCAGAAAAAAGUCUGCCAUUUGGAAGAGGAAAACAAACUGUUGAAAGAUAAACUUGCUAAAUACGAACCAGUCUAUGUUGAUGGUAAUAGUGAUAAUAAUAAUACAAAGCCAUCAUCAUUAUCAUCCUCAUCAUUGUCAUCGUCCUCAUCUCGUUCCAACAAUGGCGUAGAUCUAUUGUCUGAUGAUAUUGUCAACGUUAAAGAUAAUAAAGACUCAACAAUGAUGAACGGACAUAAUAAAUUAAAGUCUACUUUGAAUUCGGUUACCGUUCCUCCACUCCAACCACCACCCAGUUUGAAAAAUCAUCGUAAUCAGCAAAUUAAUCUGAUCGAUGUUGAUAUCGAGUGCAAUGAUAAUACGGCCUCAUUAUUGAAUCAUAAUAACAAUGAGUUACUGUCAUUGAACAAUAAUGCUGUACAAUCAAUCAACGAUUUGUUCGAUGAAGACUUCAAUCCAAGAGCCAAUGAUGAUAAUCAAUCCGCUAAGGUUUCAACAAACAAUUCUAAUAUAGUCCAAAAUAUUAGUCCGAUUGACCAGAAUUUGCUCGGUGUUACUAUCUCACAGGAAAAAGAUAUUUUCGGUUGCGAACCAUUCCAUCAGAUACCAACCGGAUGUGAUGAUCCAUUCGGUAUGCCUCAAUUUCAAGGUUCAAAUGAUUUAGAUUCAGCUAUCGAUAACAUUGAUAAACGAUUAGCCGAAAUGAGAGAUGGAUUCAGUCAAGGAUUAUCGGCGGAUGGAUUCAAUUUGGAUUCUUGAAUAGUGGUUAUAUCCCAACCGACCGACGUUCAUUCACCCCAAUUAUUUAGCUAAAAUUAUUAACACUUUUGAAUGUUGUUUAUUGAUUUUACAAAAUAUUAAUUUAAUAAUCCUAAUACAUAUCGACCUGAAUGACGAAAACACUUGAGAAUCACCAGAA